CUACAUACGCAUACUAUCAAGAAUCGAGCCUCAGAUCGAUACAUACGCACACAUUUAAUAGAUCACGCACUCCCUCACCAGCUCACACAAUUUAUUGCUGCCAUUUUUCGGGCCACUGGCCAGUCUCUGUUUGAGGGUCUCUAGUCAAAGAUUGUCAAAGAACAUCAAGAUAGCCAAUAAGUAGCGUUGCCUGUUUAUCUUUUUGUAGUAGGUUAUGUUUUACAUUAAAUACCGCAAACUGUCAUAGUAUUCGUUGUAAAUAAAAUAUAAAUUAAUUAGCUCGCAGAAUCAACGAAAGUUACAAGUCUUGCAAAAGAAAUAUGUUUAAUAGCGUAAAACAUUCACUAAAAUAUAAUCCGAGUAAAUUUGGUUAUCAAUUGUUAGCACAGUUUUCAGUGGGAACAACAACUAAGAGCGAUCCAACGCCGCAGGAAUGUACACGUAAAUCCGCUUCACACACUAUGUAUGGACAACCAACACCGUUGACGCAUCCUCACUUGGUGAAACAUGGAGAAGUGAUACCAGGUGUAUCACUCCAGGAACUCAAGAGACGUCGUUCUAAAUUAGUAGAAAGUAUCGUGCAAGAGAAUUGCGCUAAAAAUAGGCAGCAAGUCAUCGUUAUACCUGCAUCAUCUAAAGUCUAUAUGUCUGAUAGAAUACCAUAUGUCUUUCGACAAAAUACAGACUUCUUAUAUUUUUCUGGAUGCCAAGAACCAGACAGCAUCCUAGUACUCAUAUGCAAAGAAGAUAAAUUCUCAUCUGUCUUAUUUGUGAGACCAAAAGACCAGCAUUCGGAAUUAUGGGACGGUCCAAGAACUGGUGUUGAUAUGGCAACUGAGAUGUUUGGCACAGAUUACGCGCUGCCUGUCACACAAUUUGACCAAUUCCUCACCUCAUUCCUACAGAAGGAUGAAAAGUCUAUUGUUUGGUACGAUCAUGCUGAUGUUGUCCAACCAGUUUUACAUAAGAAACUGUGUCAGUUGAUCAAAUUGACAGACAAUCAAAUAUUUGCUUCCCCUAAGACCCUGUUUCAUCAGGCUCGCUUGAUAAAAAGUGCUUGUGAGAUUGAUUUGAUGCGCAAAAGCUGUGAAAUAGCUUCUAAAGCUAUUCAAAAAACAAUUCAGUUUUCAAGACCAGGGAUGAGCGAACAUCAGUUAUUCGCUACUGUAGACUAUGAAUGUCGUAUGCGUGGAGCUGAACAUCUGGCGUAUCCUCCUGUUGUAGCAGCAGGCAAAAAUGCAAACACAAUACAUUAUAUUAGUAAUAAUCAAAUUAUUCAAAGUGGCGAUUUGGUUUUGAUGGAUGCAGGCUGUGAGUACCAUGGUUACUCAUCCGACAUAACGAGAACGUGGCCGAUCAAUGGUAAAUUUACACCGGAACAGAAAGCUCUCUACGAACUAGUACUCGACGUGCAAAAGGAUUUAAUAAAGAACCUAAAAAAUUUGCCAUCGCUAGAUAACACAUUUCAGCGCAUGUGCGCACUCCUAGGAAAGAAGUUGCAAGAUAUCGGCUUGAUACCAAGCAACUUUAGCGAGGACAAAGUAUUGGCUGCCGCAUAUAUGUAUUGCCCGCAUCACGUCAGUCAUUAUCUGGGAAUGGAUGUGCAUGACAAUGGAAAAAUACCCAGAAACAUACAGAUACAACCUGGAAUGAUAAUAACGAUAGAACCAGGCGUAUACGUAAGCCCAAAUAAUCCUUAUGCACCAAUACACUUUCACGGGCUGGGUAUUCGUAUAGAGGACGAUAUCUUGGUAACAGAGAAUGGAGCAGAAGUCUUGACGAAAAAUUGCCCGAAAGAGGUAGCUGAGAUUGAAGCCUUAGCGAGCCAAAAUCAAGGAUGUUGAUGGCGAUAAUACGACAUACAUUAAGACGCAAUAUAUUUUUUAUUCAAAUGUAUAUAAAAGAAUAUAUACGCAAUACAGCAUCUAACCUCAAUUUUACGUGGAGUUCCAUUAUUCGAAAAUUUGUUCAAAUGGAAACAGAUGAAUAUUACAUACUUGGAACCAAUAUAGUAUCACCAGAAUCAGUAACAAUAGGGUAUAUAUAAAAAGAGCUAACGUGAUCAUUGAUAUGCGAUAAAACUCGCUUGUAUUGCGAUCUAUGGCACAAUCAUAUUGAUAUUCUUAACCGAGUAGGAUUGUAUAUAAAUCUGUAUAUAUGUACACAGUCAAUAUAUGUGUGGUCUAUAAA